AUGUCUGGCUGCUUCGAGAUCCCCGGGCCCACGUCGCCGCUCGCCGUCGGACAAAAGCAGCGGUACCUGUGCGUGCCGACGUUUCAAAUUGAUGCAGGGGAUGUGCUGCACAAUGUGCCGGUGGCAUUCCAGACAUGGGGCACGCUGAAUCCCGACAAAGACAAUGCGAUCCUCGCGUGCCAUCCGAUCUCGGGCAAUGCGAACGUCGAGGAGUGGUGGACCCCCCUGUUUGGGCCCGGUCACGUCCUGGAUACGUCCAAGUACUUCAUCGUGUGCUGUAAUGCCAUUGGAUCUCCAUACGGAACGCUGAGUCCCCUCACGCGCAAGGGCGGUGAGGACGUCUCUGGCGGGACGUGGAAGUGCAGUCCGCAUGUGCAUGCCCCCGACGAGCAGACGGAACAGCUAUGGUGGGGUCCUGAUCUGCCAAAGACGACGAUACGCGACGACGUGCGCCUGCAAAAGCACGUCCUCGACUUUCUGGGUGUCGAGCAACUGGCGUGUGUCAUGGGCGGCUCGAUGGGCGGCGCCACGUCGCUCGAGUGGCCGUUGUGCUUCCCCGUACGCUUUCCGUCAUCCCCAGACGCCCUCGUCACCAUGGCACCCGAGCAGAAGCCUUACGUGCGCUCGAUCGUGGUGCUGGCGGCAUCGGCGCGGCACUCGGCAUGGUGCAUUGCAUGGUGCGAAAUCCAACGGCAGGCGAUCGAGGCCGACACGCGAUACCAACACGGCCGCUACCUCCUGCGCGAUCCUCCGAGUGGUGGCUUGGCCGCGGCGCGUAUGUGUGCGCUCAUGACGUAUCGCCAGCCCCACAGCUUCGAGCGCCGAUUCAGUCGGCUGCGUGGCAAGUCAAACAUGACGAGCGCGCCGAACGACUCGCAGGCGUCGACGUUGAUGGAAGAAGGCGGCGAGGGUGACAUUGAGGAAGACGUGGCCAAGAUUCGCGAGCCACAGGCUCAGGAGCAGUAUGCCGUGCAGUCGUACCUGCACCACCACGGCGCCAAGUUUUUGACGCGCUUUGAUGCCCUCUGCUACAUCCAUCUUUCUGACAAGCUUGACUCGCAUGAUGUGACGCGCGACCGUGCAUCGUGGUCGCAGGACACUUCGAGCGAAUCGGCCACGCUGAACGGCGUGCUCCGUCACCUGGGCAAGGCGCCCAACUCGCCACGUAUGCUCGUCUUAUCGGUGACGUCUGACAUGCUGUACACGUCUGCCGAGCAAAAGGCGAUUCACGACGCCGUGCCAGCCUCGGAACUCGUCCACAUCGAGUCGUCCGAAGGUCACGACGGUUUCCUGAUCGAGUACCCCCAAAUCGACCGUGCCAUUCGCGAAUUUAUGGAGCGCCUCAACGUGUCCCAUAACUCCUCGGCGCUCUAG